GAGGGAGGGAACUGGGAGGGAGAGAGGGAGCGCGAGUCCGGCAUUGAGAAGAUAACAUUAUCCAUAGCCCAUAUUCUCUCUCUCUCUCUCUCUCUCUGCUUGGAUCGCGAUGGCGUCCAUCAAUGGCGGGUGGAGCCUGUCCACUUCGUCACUCCGCCCAAAAAUCCGCGUGCCUCGUCUUAAUCCGAGAUUUGCGUGCAAGUGUGCUGUUAGAGAGUCCAUCAUGGAACCUGAAGUUGCCCGCACCACAGAACCGCUACUACUUCAUGCUGUGCGUGGUGGAAAAGUUGAAAGACCCCCUGUUUGGUUAAUGAGGCAAGCAGGGAGGUACAUGAAGAGUUAUCAGAAGAUAUGUGAAAAGUAUCCUUCAUUUCGAGAAAGAUCAGAAAAUGUAGAUCUUGUUGUUGAGAUCUCUUUACAGCCAUGGAACGUCUUUAAACCAGAUGGGGUGAUCUUGUUUUCCGAUAUUCUCACACCCCUCCCUGGGAUGAAUAUUCCUUUUGACAUUGUAAAAGGAAAGGGUCCAAUCAUAGACCCUCAAGUAAGAACAGCUGCUGAUGUUGAGAAUGUGGUAGAAUUUUGCCCUGAGGAAGCAGUUCCAUAUGUUGGAGAGGCAUUGAGAAUCCUGAGAUCAGAGGUGAAAAAUGAGGCUGCUGUGCUGGGCUUUGUUGGUGCUCCAUUCACACUGGCAUCAUAUGUUGUUGAAGGUGGCUCUUCAAAGCAUUUCUCAAAGAUAAAGCGCCUAGCCUUUUCUGAACCAAAGGUUCUGCAUGCGUUGCUGAAGAAAUUUGCAAGCUCAAUGGCCAAAUACGUCCAAUACCAGGCUGAUCAUGGUGCUGAGGCUGUACAGAUCUUUGAUUCUUGGGCAACGGAGCUUAGUCCUGCAGACUUUGAGGAAUUUAGUUUGCCUUACCUGAAGCAGAUAGUGGACACAGUAAAAGAAACACAUCCAAGCCUGCCAUUGAUUCUUUAUGCAAGUGGUUCUGGAGGACUGCUUGAGAGGCUUCCUUUGACUGGUGUCGAUGUUGUUAGUUUGGAUUGGACAGUUGAUAUGGCAGAAGGCCGUAGAAGGUUAGGAUCCGACAUAGCUGUGCAGGGCAAUGUAGAUCCUGGCGUCCUUUUUGGAUCAAAGGAGUUCAUCACGAAACGCAUCCUUGACACUGUCGCAAAGGCAGGCAGCAGUAAACACAUUUUGAAUCUGGGCCAUGGUAUCGUGGUUGGCACACCUGAAGAAAACGUCGCACACUUUUUUGAAGUAGCCAAGUCUAUCAGAUACUGAAAUUUUCGGCUAGCAUUGAUGCUCUGUGAGCCUUCUUAAUUCUCAUUUUGUAGUAGCAGUAAGCCUUUCAAUCUUGCUUCGUUUCCCUGUUCAUAUGAUCAUCCAUUCAAGCGUUUUUGGUAGGACCGGAAGAAGGAAAAAUCCAACAUCUAGAUCUGCAAUUUUUGUUCUUUUUGCCCACGUCCAGUUUCGUGUAAUUGAUCUAAUCAUCGAGCUUGCUUCUACGUUGUUGCUAUGCAUUUUUA